ACACAGGAUGUCACUGCCGAGGAAAUGCAACACAGACUGAGCUCGAGAUUUUAAUCUUAUAAAUUGCAUGCCAUUGUUCAGUAAAAGAUUGUAUAUUUAUGCAAUGACUUCUAUCCACAUCAAUGUAUAGAUUUGUUUGCUUAUUGGUAAUAUAUAGUUACGUCCCCAGCAUUCAUAUUUGCCUGUGUUGACCCGUUUAGACAUAUGAAUGGAUGCAUGAUUUUUUGCUUAUAUUAAUGAACAAUUUUUAGUGUACAUUAAUGGAAGAUUUCGUUUCUGUAUUAAUGCUCAAAUUGUGUGAAUUAACGCAUGGAUUUGUGUUUACCUAUCAAUCUCCCUUCAUUAAUCUAGCUUUGUUUGUCAAUGCAUUUACGCGUUACGGUGAUUAGAUUGUAUGCAGAGAUGUAUUCAUGUUUGUAUAGCUGUCAUUUGCCUGCAUUUAUGCGUAGUUUUUAGGUUUUGGCAUGAAUGCACCGAGCUGUGUCUAUGAUUUAUUUUCUGGCCGCAUGCAACACACACUCACACAUUUGUGAUAUCCAUCUAUCCAUCGAGUGGAGUUCGCCGGGCUGCCGGCAACACGUGGAGAAGCGACCGCUCUCGGCGUGUCGAGCCCCGGUUGGCGUCUGCAUGGAUUGACAGUGACGUGGACCAAUGCGUGUGGAAAGUAGCAGGCGGGGCGUGGGGAAUAUCCGGGAUUGAGUUUGCGGCGGGCCGGUGGUACCUGUCCUGCAACCGGCGACGUAGCUGGGAUUGCCCUCACCUGGAGCCACGUCCCGGUCGCCUGUCAGUGGAGCCGUGCCCGGGGAUCUACAUCUACUGUUCGUCCCGUUCCCGGGGUCUACAGCUCUGCCCAGGGGUUGCAGCCACCGCUCGUCCCGUCCCCGGGUCUGCAGCUGCCGCUCGUGCUGUGCCCGGGGAUCUGCAGCUCUGCCCAGGGUCUGCAGCCACCGCUCGUCCCAUGCCCGGGGAUCUGCAGCCGUCGCUUGCACUCACUGCCAGUGCAAAAAGCGUGCCCUAUUACCCGGCUCAUGCUCAGCGCACCACCCCUUUGCAUUGUACUAGAGUACUUGAAACUCUCUGCCACUGCACUAGCGUUUUAUGUUAAAGUACUCUCCGAGUUUGCACUAUAAUUAAACAGCAUCACUGAAACGGGAAGCCUUUUUUAAUAGUUAACGGUUUCGUCUUUUCAACUAAAUCUUUAUUUAAAUUUUUACUGUAUACAUAAAAUGGAUUGCAAAAGUUUCCCUGUCGUAUUUGUUGGAUUGCUGCUGUUGUGUCGUUUUUCAUCGGGCCAAGACAAAUUGUCGUGUUCCAUUUGUAGAAAAAUAGCUGGCAACUGUUUAAAGGGUAUUGAAAAUACAUCAAGAAAGAAUUUUGGUGGUGGAAAUACAGACUGGGAAGAAAGAUAUUUGUCAAAAUAUGAAAUCAGUGAGACUCGUCUCGUUGAAAUUAUGGAAUCGCUGUGUGAGAAUUCUGACUUUGAAUGUCAUCUCAUGGUGGAAACCAAUGAGGAGCAUAUUGAACGUUGGUGGUUCAUAAAGCAGAAAGAUCAUUCUGAUUUCUUCCACUGGUUCUGUGUGGACACAAUUACAGUUUGCUGCCCCGCUGGGAGCUUUGGUGUAGACUGUGUUGGCUGUCCUGGUGGAGUGGACAGGCCCUGCAGUGGGCAUGGGACUUGCAACGGUGAUGGGACACGGACAGGUGAUGGUUCGUGCAGCUGCACGAAGGAAUACAAGGGAGAAGAAUGUCUGGACUGUGCUGAUGGCUACUACAGUACAUUCCAGAAUGAAACUCAUUCACUCUGCACAGCCUGUCACCCUGCCUGUAAGCUGUGCACUGGACCAUCGAAUCACAACUGCAGUGAAUGUGCAAGUGGCUGGGUACAAACUAUCACCAGUGAGGACAAGUUCAUCUGUGUAGAUGUUGAUGAAUGUGCAGCAGAUAUCUUGCCAUGUAAACAACAUGAGUAUUGUUCAAACACAGAAGGAUCCUUUUCCUGUGAAGCUUGCCAUGAUGCUUGUGAUGCAUGUAGUGGAGAAGGCCCAGAAAAAUGUAUUAACUGCACCACUGGAUACACAAUGGAAGAGCAGAAAUGUGUAGAUAUAAAUGAAUGCAGCCAGUCUGAAAAAGUGUGUACAAGUGAAAAUGAAGACUGUGUUAAUACUGACGGCAGCUUUACAUGCGUCUGCACAGCGGGCCAUGAAAACCACAAUGGAAUCUGUGUAGAAAUAAAAACACCAGUUGAAGAGGAGACGCCAGAAGAGACGCAUGUUGAACCUAAAAUGUUAGCAGAUGAUGCAUUUCAUGAAGACCUUUGACCCACAAUUUAAUGUAUUUUUCUUGUACAAGAAAUCUGCGUAUAUUUUGGAAAAAGGACCGCCUUUCAGAUGCAGGAGUGAUGUUUCCACAGUUACACGUUGCCAUUGUGGUUUGUUUACAUGAAACUCCAUCAGUUCCUGGCCCCUUUCUAUUUUAAACUUGGGUAAAAAUGCGAACUACUCACUUCUACAUGUCAUGGAUAUUUACCUUCACUCUUUCUCUCUUUUAUGGGAACAAUUUGUAAUGCCUCGGAUGCUAGUAAUUUCCCCCUCUUUCCCCUGACUCUCAGGCUGAUCAAAGGUCUUGACCUGUAAUGUCACCUAUUCCAUAUUCUCCAGAGAUGCUGUCUGGCUCGCUGAGUUACUCCAGCACUUCGUGUCUAUGCUCUGAAAUGAUGUCUGUUUUUACAUUGCACAAUCUUUAUGUAGCGACACAGCCCUGUAUCUGAAAUAUUUAAAUUGCCAUUUUUGUUAUAAAUUUCAUUUCUUGGAGAGUAAUUUUAUUGAUGACAUAAGAAACAAUGGUUUUGGUACUACAUUACAUACCUGAUUUAAUUUAACCAUCAUUCCUGUAUUUCUUGCCCUCAAUAAUUGUUACCAAGCUAGUUUCCUGCAAUUAGAGUUUAUUGAUGUUAAAGAAAGAAUUCCAUCACAUAUAAGACAGUCUGUGUAAUUUAAUCAUGAACGACGAGUAGAAUUUCAAGCUCUGUACACAAUAAUUGGCCAAAGUAUUAAUGUAUGCCUGCUCAAGUUGACAUUCUCACAUUCUUUCCAUGAAUCUCAGCUUCAGAAGCAGGGUUGAAAGGCCAUCGUAUGCCUACUAUAUGCAACAGGGGAGGACUUUCUGCCUUGCUGCCUGCAUUUCAGCCAUAGUUUGUAAACUAAAGUCUAUUUUUAAAGGCUUAUGGUCUAACACUUGCUUUUGAUGAGGAAAAUGGACCAUUUGGAAUUGUUUGUAUUAAUUGUCAGUUUUGUGAUCUUGCUCCCUGGUGGAAACACUGAAUACAACAUAUAUGAAUCUGCAGCACAAGUGUGUAGACGGGAGCCUUUUUGGUUCUUUUUUGAAUGCCAAGAUGCCAGAAUGCCAGCAACUAGAAAUCUGUAUGAAGUACGAUCACUCAAAUAAUUGUCAUGUAAAGGCUGCUGGGGUCCCUGGAUGGAGGUGAGUGCUGUCACUUUUGGCUCGCCAAAGGGCCAUAUGGUAUUCCAGAAACAAAUCUUUACAAAAAAAUUAAUAGAAGCUUCAGUCGUGAAUCCAUUACUUGAUCAUCCACAAAUCUCUGAGAGCCACCAAGAUAUAAUUGUGAUGACCUAAAAUAAAUGAGCCAAAUCCGACUCUGGUAGAUCUGCCGCAGGGCAAAUCAUUGCUAGAGUCCGCUUUAACCACCUCCUGCCAAAGUGCUGCUUCACAAAUCACAGGUUCUGCCCAUGAGGAGGCUGAGUGAGCAUGGUUGUUGUGUGACAACAAGGUGCAGGAAUAGUCCCAAUCACUAUAUGUGACCCUUUCCAACCUUAUAAAGUCUUUGUCACCAUCAAAGAAGAGGGACUGUGGAACGCUCUCCUCAAUUUCAGUGGUUCAUAAAUAUUCACCUCCAUCUUGUGGUUGCUUUACGAUGAUAUGCAGGUCCGAAUCCAUCUCAAAUCAAUGGCAGUGAAGACUAGUAUUACACUUGCUACUCACCUAUCAGCAUUCAGUUCCACUUAAGUGAAAGUUGAACAUGACUUGGGACUGAAAUACCUGUGUUCAGUGGCAGCCGACAAAGGCAUAUUUAUCCUUGUGCAUCAACUGGCUUGCAGGCACAUUGCAUUCUGCUCACUCCUAGUUUCUUGAGUUAGGGCAGUCAUCGCCUUCGACAAGUAUUUUUCACUAAUUUAUUUACCCGAUUUAAUGAUGAGGCAUCUGAAGCAAAACUCGUUAACGCUGGUCAUGACCGGGUAGAAUAUCCUUCAAUUCAUUCAGAAGUGGAGGUACUCUGUAGACUAUUUUGAUGCAAAUAUUCUAUUUGAGGCUGGUUUAAAAAAACUGAAUAUUAAUAAUAAAAGCAGAAUGCUGAAAUGUAAUCUGGCAAUAACAAUGCAAGUCCUACUCUCUUGAGGCUCUUCGACAGAUGGCACUAUAACCAGCUAAGUGGUCUGGUGACGAGAGGUCAGGCAGAAGUAACUUCUCCACCCAGUUGUUGGUUAUGGUUGUAUGUUCUGUUGAUAUUGAUUUUUGGUGGGAAUAUU